GUCAUCCUCUCCAAUUGAGCUUAGCGAGGCUAGCGAGAGCAUCAGGGUGACACAGAAGGUCACCUUUGUCGAUAUUCGCUGAGUUUGAGAAUCGGCACUCAUCCCAUCUGCCGCUGCUAUACCUCUGUCGCCAGCAGAUCAUCACAUCCGCCGUGAAGUGCCCGUCGGCCACCACCACGGCCACAGCAGACGGUGCCGACAGACUAGCAGCGGAGAUGAGCGGCCGGCCGAUGCUGCUCAACGUGGGCGGCUUCGUCAUGGCGUUCCCUCGGGAUGUGCUGCUGCGCGAGGGGCUGCGGGACACCUGCCUGGCGGUGCUGCUGAACCGCUUCGACAGCUGGAUGAUCACAGACGACAAUCGCAUUCACUUCAUUGACGCAGACCCCUUCUACUUCAUCUGGUGAGGGGGAGGGAGGGAAGCAACACGAUGGCUGACAGGCAGCAGAACUCGCCGUGUGUGUGUUCAGGUUGGCUGUGAAGCUUCGGUACCUUAGCUGCAACCGCAUCGACGUGAGUGAGAUCAUCGAGGGCUGCCCCGCACUGGCCUUCUACCACGACCGUUUCUUCGCCAAGACGGCCGUCACCAUCGAGCCGCAACACGGUGACCACGACAGCGAGGCGUUCCGGGGCUUCACGGCCGUCGUGGCGCCGUUCAUCAGCUCAUCGGUGGCGGGCGGGACGGGCGGCAGUGAGGUGCUGAGUGUGCGUGUGGCGGAUGGCGGUGUGGUGGCCACGACCGACGCGACGCUGGCCGACUACAGCAUACUGCACGACCGAUUCAUCAAGUAGGUCUACAGGCGGAGAUGAGAUGGCCUGGUGGUCAUCUUGGGCACCGUGUGUGUGUGUGCAGGUAUGGGCCCGUCGCGAAUGUGUCGGCAGACACCUUCCACAAGUAACACACCACAGCAGCAGCCAGGCGGCACACGAAAUCUCCAUGUGUGUGUGCUGUGUGCAGGGUGGUGGAUUACGUCCGUCGCAUUCGGUUGGCCCCCGACGCCGCCACGCCGCUGCCGACGAGCACUUGGCCUGACGAGCUGCUGUAUGCCUGUGACAUGUACGGCCUCAUGGAGCGGGUGUACCUCUCGAUGAUCGGCAAAUCCCACAGCCACAUCAAAUGCCUCUUCAAGUGAGUCACAACACACAUUAGAGGGGGACAAGAGGGAGAUGCCAUGUGUUGAUUUGGAUGCCUUUGUGUGUCAGGAAUUCGUCUGACGGUGGAGAGUUUGGCACUCUGGUAGAGCGAGUGGCGGGUGUGAGCGGCCUGCUGUUCGUUAUCGAGGACGAGAAGCAGCACACCAUCGCCUGCCACAUCGACGGCCCCCUCAUCCCCCCAGCUGACCCCACAUCGACGCUGACCAUCGGCUGCCCCGUGACCUUCUACUCCAUCAGUGGGCCAUUCGAGGAGGGCGGCAUCGCCGAGAUGACCGUGCCGCACACCGAGCAGCGUGUGAUAGUCGCUGGCACAGAGGGGGCGGUGAAGAACCCCCAGGGCUUGCGCGUGGGCAAGGUAGCCAUCGGUGGGGGCCGUCUGUGGCUAGGGGUCGGAGAGGAUGGGCGGCCGUCUGGCGACCUCCGCAGCUGCUGUCAGUGGGUGGAGAGGGAUGAGCUCCCCGACGACAAGGCAUAUGUGGGUGACAUGAGUGAGGACGGCCGGGCCACCAUAGCUGCCAGCCACUGGUUUACCGCCCAGCGACUGGAGGUCUACCAGGUCAGACCGACAGACACAUCAAGUGGACUGACGUCAUCAUGUCGAUGUGACGUCUCUGUCCAUGUGCGUCUGUGUGUGUCUGUUCAGGUGUGGAGCACUCUCCCGGCCGACCCCAUCCUCCCCGCCGAUGACCUCCACGCCCUCAUCGACAUGACACGCGACAUAUAG